AUGGCUGAGGACAUGAAUGAGUUGAGAGAAGCCGCUGCUACGCCGCUUCCUGCCGCCAUUGAGGUAGAUGACGACAUUGCCAAUGUUCCUCAGGCUACCGGUAAUACGGGAUCCCCGACUAAAAGGACCAGAUGGGAUGAACGGCCGGCGGGGCCAGGGAUCACACUCGCAGAUCUCACCGCAGCCCUAGCUCCUCUUGCGGCUGGCAUGCGUGACCUGCAGAAGGAGGGCUUCAAGGACAUGCGCGCCAGGAUGUCGGCAGUUGAAGAACAGGUCACAGCGAAGGUUGGCCAGGCGCUCGACAUGGUCAAAACGCUCAAUGACCGCCAACAAGCUCAAUCCAACCGCCUCGACAAGCUUCAGGCUGCGGUCGAAGAACAACAAGACCGUGACAGAUCGCAGGAGGACAUCAAGGAAGUCCUCAGACGGAUUGACUUCCUGGAAUCGGGGCAGACCGCUGGUGCGGGCACCUGCCUGGACAGAUGGGAUGAAAGUACAGAAGCCGAUGAUAUCGUGCGCGUUGCCCGGGACUUUGCGGAUAAGGCGCAGCUGGAUGUUGACAUGUCGGAUGCCUUCUCACCGGGGCGUCAACGUGGCUUCGUGGUGAUACCCUUGAUGCCCAGACUGGGAGAAGAUCGACUCCGAUUGCAGCGGAGAGCGAUCCAGUCUGUGGAGAUUGUCUGCAAGAUGGCCCAGGCAAGUGGAGCG